AUGUUAUGGAAACUUUCACCUUUUUUAGCUAAAUCUCAGCUACGAUACCAAAGCCAACUGGCAACAGCAUACCUUCCCACCAUAUAUGCAUUAUCAACGGCACCUGGAACUAAAUCAGCCAUAGCUGUGGUGAGAAUAUCCGGAACCCAUUCGAAAUACGUUUAUCACCAAUUAAACAAUUCAGAAAAGAAAUUAAUACACAGAAGAACCCUUCUAAGGAAUUUGUAUGGACCUGGUAAGAAUCUCUUAGAUAAGGCAUUGACAUUAUUCUUUGAUUCUCCUAAAAGUUAUACAGGGGAAGAUUUACUAGAAUUACAUAUUCAUGGUGGUAAAGCAGUGACAGGUAGUGUUUUAAACGCAAUUGGAUCAUUAAAUGAUAGAAAUUCAGGGAUUGAAAUAAGAUAUGCACUUCCAGGUGAAUUUACACAAAGAGCAUUUCAAAAUGGGAAAAUCGAUUUGAUAGAAGUGGAAGGUAUACGAGAAUUGAUCGAUGCAGAAACUGAAACUCAACGUCGAUGUGCAUUAUCCAGUUUCAAUGGUAUGAAUAAGAAUCUUUUCAUGCUUUGGAGGGAUAAAAUCGUUAAUAAUAUUGCUCAACUGACCGCCAUCAUUGAUUUCGGUGAAGAUACAGAGAUUGAAGACACAAAUAACCUGCUCCAACUUGUUAAACAUAACAUGGUCCAACUAAAGCAAGAAAUCAAUCAAUUUAUUCAAAAAAUCGAAAAAACUAGUAUUUUGCAAAGUGGGGUUAAAGUUGUUCUUUUGGGACCUCCAAACGCAGGUAAAUCAUCUUUGAUUAACAGCAUAAGUAAUGACGACGUAUCUAUCAUUAGUCACACACCAGGCACCACUAGAGACACAGUUGAGGCCUCCAUAGAUGUCAAUGGAUACAAGGUAACCAUAUCCGAUACUGCCGGAAUAAGAUCUCACAGUUCAGACGAAAUUGAAUUAUUGGGCAUCGAAAGGGCAAUAAAGAAAAGUGAGCAAUGCGACCUAUGCUUACUCAUAGUUGAUCCUUUGAACAAACCACUCAUCAACGAAGAUUUGACGCAAAUGAUUCAAUCCAUGUACAAAGAAGGUAAGGAAUUCGUAAUUAUUGUUAACAAACAAGAUCUUUUGACGGAUGAGAACCAAUCCAAGUCGGUAAUGGAUGCACUAAGGGAAAAAUUUGGAGACAAAUUUCCUAUAAUCACCGUGUCAUGUAAGACUCAAGAAGGUAUAGAGCCAUUGGUUAAACAAUUGACACAAAUAUUCCAAAGAUUAUCUGAGACUUCAGAUGAGUCUGAUCCAAUCAUAGCAUCUCGAAGAGUCAAGGAAAUACUGCAUUCUGACGUCCUAUAUGGGAUUGACAGUUUCUUCGUCACCACAGACUCAGAAAUAGGUGGUGAUUCUUACGACGUAGUAAUGGCCUCUGAACAUUUGAGCCACGCCGCUGAUGGUAUUGGCAAGAUAACCGGUGAUGCCGUGGGCAUUGAAGAAGUCCUUGGGGUGGUGUUCGCCAAUUUCUGUGUAGGCAAAUGA